AACUUUUGAAACGUUGCACAUCCAUUAGACACACAAAUAUUUUCAGACGACAAAUACACAUUACACCACCGAGGUUUUAGUUUCAUGGCAAACAAAGUUGUAUGUCCAAAGGCUUUCCGUGACCUCCGAUCAUUUGUCCGAUGUCUAAACACGGCCCCAACUGUCCCGCCGAUGAACUUCACCGGCGCCUAUGAUGCUACGACUGUCACAACACCGGCCUUAAUACCAACGGACCAAGUAAUCACUGCCGACAAAAAAGUGAUUAAUUUUGAGGAUGUUAAGGAGCUGUUUACGGGUGUGUCAACCUUAAAGUUGAUAAGAUCAACGUUGACACUUCAAAUGGCAGCGACUGAGCCUAUGGUUGACGUAGGUAUAUGGGUAAUGAAUUCAAAGCUCAUGCAUAUGCCAAUAGUCAAGGAGGUAAUUCUGGGGUUUGUAAAAGGUACAUUUUAUGAACAUUUUUGUGCUGGAAAAGACUUAAUUGAAGUACGCAGAACUGUUACUAAGCUGUCGGAUGUCGGGUUAAAAGGAAUGCUUGAUUAUGGGGUGGAACAUGCAACUGAAAAUGAGUCUUGUGAUCAGAGUAUGAAGGUUUUUCUUCAGACUGCUGAAUCAACCAAGUCACUUCCAUCCUCUUCGGUCAGCUUUGUGGUAGUGAAGAUAACAGCAAUUUGUACACCUAAGCUUCUCAAAAGAAUGAGCGAUUUGCUGAGAUGGGAACACAAGAAUCCAUCAUUCAAUCUCCCAUGGAAGCAAAAGUCCCUUCCACUUUUCUCUGAUUCCAGCCCUUUUUAUCACACUCCACAAAAGCCAGAGCCUCUAACGGUCGAAGAAGAACAUGAUCUACAAUUAGCUCAUGAAAGACUCAUGACUAUUUGCAAGAAAUGCUUAGAACUUGAUGUUGAUUUACUUAUUGAUGCUGAAGAUACAGCUAUUCAACCUGCAAUUGAUUAUUUUGCAUAUUCUGCAGCAAUUAAGUAUCACAAAGAUGAUGACCCUAUGAUUUUUGGAACAAUUCAAGCUUACUUAAAAGAUUCUAAAGAAAGAAUGGUGAUAGCUAAAAAGGCUGCAGAGAAAAUGGGAGUUCCAAUGGGUUUUAAGCUUGUGAGAGGUGCUUAUAUGUCAAGUGAAAGAGAAUUGGCUUCUCGUUUAGGUGUUCAGUCUCCAAUUCAUGAUAGCAUUGAGCAAACACAUGACUGCUUUAAUUCUUGUGCUGAGUUUAUGCUUGACGAGAUUUCUAAUGGCUCUGGAGCAGUUGUUCUUGCAACUCAUAAUAUUGACUCAGGAAAACUUGCUGCAUCGAAGGCUAUAGAUCUAGGAAUCAGAAAGGAUAGUCAAAAACUCCAAUUUGCUCAGCUAUAUGGUAUGGCAGAAGGUCUUUCAUUUGGCCUGAGAAAUGCAGGAUUUCAGGUAAGCAAGUAUUUACCGUUCGGACCAGUAGAGCAAGUGAUGCCAUACCUUAUACGGAGAGCUGAAGAAAACAGAGGUCUCUUGUCUACAUCUGCCUUCGACAGGCAACUAAUGAGGAAGGAGUUAACCAGGAGAUUUAAAGUGGCAACUUCAUGAAUCCAUGAGUUAUAGUCUUGAGAAUUAAUGGAAGUGUAUAUAUAUUGUAGUAACAAUAAACUGAGGAGCCAUACACAAGCUUGUGAUCAAGCAAUUGACGCUCCAAAAAUUCAUGAAUCCUUAAUUGUUGUUAUUGGCUAUUAUAAUUAUAAUACAAAUCAAAGUUGCCGUAAUGAUGUAAAGCAUAAACCUUUAUUUAUUGAAUUAUUGUUAUUUUCUCCCA